AUGAGGACAUUGUACCCUCAUGCGUCAUCCAAGGCCCAUCUGGACGCCGUCAAGGAAUUCGAUAAUCAGCGAGCAAUGGAUCACGCAUAUCGGCAGCGAUUUGAAGAGCCACGACCACGAUCUCCAACACCACCGUUGGACCACGUAAACCGGCAUUUUGACCAUCCCGGUGACAAUCCCGAACCUCCUUCGCCCCCUCCGUCGCCUCUCACACUCCUCCGUCGUCUUGAUCUCGAACAAGACGACCCCUUUGACCUUGGGUUUGGCGCCGGGGGUUCAGACUCGGACGGUUCCGAUGACGGAAUGUCAUUCGACCGGCUGCGCGUAGCUUUGGAUGGCCUUGCGAAUGAACUUGACGACGAAGAGGCAGAUGACCGCUUGGACAACGAACGUUUAGAAGAAGAGAUUGCCGAAGUCCAUGUCGAAGACGCAGCAGAGUGGUAUCCAUUCAAAAAAGUCGAGCAUGUCGUGGCGUUAUUGAUGAUUGGCUCAACCAGAAACCUUCUUUCACGCACCCAAUACCAACAUAUCCGAUCGAUACUCCGAGUCCUCGACAUCAACCUUCCUGAAUGGGGAACGUUGCGAGCCCUAGUCAAGCAAAUGAAGAAGAACUUAGGAUUGAACAUACAAGAACGAACAAGCCCUUGCGGCAAUCCGCUUUUUGGUUUAGAUAUCAAGAACGUCAUCGUAAACGUGAGUAGCAUAUACAUAUAA